GCACUGACCUAGAAGUUUUCAGCCAUUAACUUACUGUGAAUGGACAUUCUCUUCCAUGUCAAUGUAUAUUAAUUGUUUCAAAGCAGCCAGGAGCAGAAUUUGGAUGAAGCGAUCUGCCUAAGUUGCCGUCAUGAGCAGAAGCAAGCGUGACAACAAUUUCUACAGCGUUGAAAUUGGAGAUUCUACAUUCACUGUAUUGAAACGGUAUCAAAACUUAAAACCGAUAGGAUCAGGAGCGCAAGGAAUAGUAUGUGCAGCCUAUGAUGCCAUCCUUGAGCGAAACGUUGCAAUCAAGAAACUAAGCCGACCAUUUCAGAAUCAAACCCACGCUAAAAGAGCUUACAGGGAGCUUGUUCUUAUGAAGUGUGUUAAUCACAAAAAUAUAAUCGGCUUACUGAAUGUGUUCACACCACAGAAAUCCCUAGAAGAAUUUCAAGAUGUCUACAUAGUAAUGGAGCUCAUGGAUGCAAAUCUCUGCCAAGUAAUUCAGAUGGAGCUAGACCAUGAACGAAUGUCCUAUCUGCUUUAUCAGAUGCUGUGUGGUAUCAAACAUCUUCACUCGGCUGGAAUUAUACAUAGGGACUUAAAGCCCAGUAAUAUAGUAGUAAAGUCAGACUGCACUUUGAAGAUUCUUGACUUUGGACUGGCCAGAACUGCAGGAACUAGUUUUAUGAUGACGCCUUAUGUAGUGACUCGUUACUACAGAGCACCAGAGGUCAUCCUAGGGAUGGGAUACAAAGAAAACGUUGACAUUUGGUCAGUUGGGUGCAUCAUGGGAGAAAUGAUCAAAGGUGGUGUUUUAUUUCCUGGUACAGAUCAUAUUGAUCAAUGGAAUAAAGUUAUAGAGCAGCUAGGAACACCGUGCCCCGAAUUUAUGAAGAAAUUACAGCCCACAGUUCGAACUUACGUGGAGAACAGACCCAAGUAUGCUGGAUAUAGCUUUGAGAAGCUUUUUCCAGAUGUCCUUUUCCCAGCUGAUUCUGAACACAACAAACUUAAAGCAAGUCAAGCAAGGGAUUUGUUAUCAAAAAUGCUGGUUAUAGACGCCUCGAAAAGAAUUUCUGUGGAUGAAGCCCUCCAGCACCCAUACAUCAAUGUUUGGUAUGAUCCAUCAGAAGCCGAAGCUCCUCCACCAAAGAUACCAGAUAAGCAGUUAGAUGAGAGGGAGCACACAAUAGAAGAAUGGAAAGAAUUGAUAUACAAGGAAGUCAUGGACCUGGAGGAAAGAACCAAGAAUGGGGUUAUACGUGGGCAGCCAGCCCCUUUAGGUGCAGCAAUGAUCAAUGGCUCUCAGCAUCCAUCUUCGUCGUCAUCUGUCAAUGAUGUGUCUUCAAUGUCAACAGAUCCAACAUUGGCCUCUGAUACAGACAGCAGUCUAGAAACCUCAGCUGGACCUCUGGGUUGCUGUAGAUGACUACUUGGUCUUUUGGGGGGUGGGAGGGGGUUCCUUUUAGUCAUUAAUAGGGCACCUUUAAAAUUUGGUGGUAUUUUUGAGUGUUUUUUCAAAAAUAAUCAUAGAAUUCAUCAUAAAGUGCUGUAAUUUUAAACUGUAAGUUGUGUUAAAAGCAGCCACUUUUUUUUUGCUGUAAUUAACUGUAAAAUAUUAAACCUGAUAAUUUUUAUUGUGGUUUUAAAAUCUGCAUAUUUGCUUUACUAUUAUGCUGCUGAUCUUUUUUUUACUGAAUUUGUAAGAUUUGUUUUAUCAAAGCACAUAUUAAUGUUGUGGUCAUUACCAUAUCAUGUAUUAUUUAAGAUUUUAUAGGUUUUCAAUUUUUUUAAAUUUAGAAUUUAUUCCAGAUGUUUUGUUCAUGAUAUCCUUCGAAGUUUUAUGCUUGGUCAUAUGUCCAUAUUGAGGGGGAGAGAGAGAUGGGUGCAUCCAGCUGUAGGCUUUUUGGAGCGUGCUGCUAUGGUGCUGACAGUGAAUAAUAUGCUCUUUCAUUUUGGCCACUUGCCUUUAAUACUUGAGUAAAAGCAACAAUUACUGAAUUUUGUUAGAGAAACAGUAUACAGUCCUUUGUAAAGUAAUUUCAUUUGAAUGGUUUUAUGAUCUUAAGAAAGCAAAGCCUACCUUCAAAGCUGCAGAAGCAUCUAGCCUAACAAAGAGAUGUGAUGUCUUCUGCACAACUGUGGCAUGCCAAAUCUCAUGAUCACCAUAAAACAAGAGGAUACUUCAUGAAUAAUACAUUACAAUGCAAAUAAACUGUUUACUUCUA